AUGGGGCCUAGGAAGCGGCAUAACCCAGUGGAAAGCAUUUGUCGAAAAAUCCAAGCCAUUCAAAAAAGGGAAAUAGUUUCAAACCCAAUUCAGCAGAUUAUCAAUUACCAGAUUAGCAGUUUUAACAGUCCACAGAUUAAUACCAAGAAAGAAUUUGAAGAAGUACUGAAAAAAAUGGCAGCUUCUCACAUUUCUACACCCUACUGCCAUUCUUCAAAUUCUGAGAAAAUGGGUGUCUUUAUCUCAUCUCCUCAAAUAGAAUCUCCACGAACCCCACCCACCACUCAUCUCUGUUCUUUGGAGGAUAUAACAUAUUCUAUUAUCCACAAAACUUCUGAAAACAUUGCAGGACAUAUAUCUCAAAGCUCACAGAACUAUAGAUCUUUGAUGAACAGAAGAGGGAAUCUCUUCUUUAACAAAGAUUUAAGUAACUUUGUUAGUAAAAAUAAUCUUGGUAUCUUAACAGUUGACCUUGAUUCUACCUUUAAUGAAAUAUCUGACUAUCUUACUCCUCAGGAUUCAGUAGUGAAAAAAUUAUUUCUCAAUGAAGAAGGAUGGAAAGUAGAAACAAAUUAUGGCAAAGAAAAUGUAACAUACAGCAUCAACGGUACCAAUGAAGAAGAGUUACUCACAAGUGUUUUUCAGGCAUGUGACACAAAACACAAAGGCUCAGUGGGAGUGGCCAAAAUAAUAGAUUACCUGAAGCAAGCGACUCACGGAGAUUCUGAAGACAGUGCUCUUGAGGAGCUGUGGAAUAUGCUUGAUCCUAAAAAAAGAGACUCACAUGUGGACCUGGAAACUUUCCAUACAAUCAUGAAAGAAUGGGUGGCUUACUGUCGAAAUAAACGUGGAAAACUGAAUAGUGGCUCAAAAAACAGCUUGGAAAACUCUGUUUUUGAACAACAGGAUGGCACCAAAUCAUGUGGAGAAUGGGACUAUGAGACUUUUGACAGAGAAGAAUCUGAUGGAGUUUUAGAGGUGUCUGAUUUGAUUAGCUAUGUAGCAGACCUGCAUUUCAGCAAGCAAAAAUUGGAAGAGGAAAACAAUAAGUUUAGAUUGGUGUCAGAAGUCUUGGAAGAAUCUAAUAACCAGUUAUCUGAAGACUGUGCUGAGCUGCGUUCUCAGAUAAAAAGUGCCCACCAGGCUAUUAUGAGAGCAAAUCUGUUAAAAGAAGAACUAGAGGAACUGAAAAUCAGUAUGACUGCUUCGGAAGAGCACAAGAGCAUGACUGAAGCCCAGAACAAGCAUCUAGAGAGAGAAAAUCGAGAUUUGAUUAUUGAGAUUCAAAUUCUCCAACAAGAGAAUACCAAGAAUCUUAUGGAUAUAGAUAGACUGGAAAAGAAGAUUGAGGAAUUAUCCAAAACUGAGACAGAACACCAAAUACAGUUACACACUUAUGAGAUGACUUUACUUAAUAAAGAUGAGAGUUUGAAAAAGAGAGAUUUACAUAUAGAAGAACUUAAAUCAACCAUCAUAGAAUACAGUACCAUUAUAGAGAACUUACGAGGGGAUAAAACCAAACUGGAUUGUGAGUUACAGCACUUGCAACAGGAACUCCUUGUAAAUGGGAUCCAGUUGAAUGUUAGUGGAGAAUAUAAUAGUAUCAUCUCUAAAGAAGAAAAUUCCUUGCACAGUGAACUUAUUCUUGCUCAGUCUGCAGAGCAUAAAGAAAUAUCUGAAAUUGAAAUCCUUGUCAAUACUUCUCUACAAUGGAUAAUUAAUUCAGACAUAAUGGAAAAGAAAAAGUGGGAGAAUAAGCUCAAUGAAUUAAAACGUAUCAUAGGAGAAAAGCUAAAUCUUUGUGUACUAAUGAUGAACAGCUUGGGGAACUACAAAGAAUCUGUUGAUAAAGAGUUUGCCAAAUUGAUAGAGAUGGUGAAGAGAUUCAAGCUGGAAUAUUUUCACUUACAGAAAGAAUUCCUUUCCAGACAGAACCAACUAGAAACCAUUAAACAUCUGCAAGAUGAUGUUGUCAAGCAGGAAGACAUUAUCAGGAAGACAGUCCAAGAAGUCAAGCAACGGUUGGAGGAUGCUGAGGAGCAGGGUAAGAACCAGGAUCAAGCAGCCUGUUCUGCUGGUAAAGAAGCAAAGUCUUUACAGCAUAAAAUAGAGGAAGCAAUUUCUGAACAAUGGAAUCUCCAAGCUAUAAAUACUGAGAUAUGGGACACAUGCCAGGCACUUGAGCAGAAGACAAGAAGACUGAAAAAUGACUUGCAUCUGGAGAGUCUCACAGAUAUUACAAGACUGGGAUUUACACUUUUCUCAUGUAUAGCUAACCGAAUUCGUUCUUCGUGUGAGGGGCCCAAAUAUGCAUCAAUAAAGCAUGGUGCUUUAGAUGUGACAAGAGGACAAAGGUGCCCAAGCCCCAGAGGGGGCUCUCACCCGAGAACAGAUCCUUCAGCUUGCAGCAAGAUGAGCACUGAUCUAAGCAUGGCAGAGAAUGGUAUUGAACACUUGGGUUCCGAGAACCUUCCACAGUCAAGGGAACAUUCCACACUACCACUACCUGGACACAUUUCAUCCACAGAUACUACUGUAACCUCGAGUGAUUCCAGCUCAGAAGUUUUGAAUAUGGCUUCAGGUGACCUCGACAGUAGAUCACUUUGUAAGAAGGAACAAGAUGGCCUGUCGGAUUCUACAACGAUAGAGACUCAAGGCACUAGUCCACCUCGUGACAGUAGUCCUCUGCAGAGCUCUCUAAGUGAGGGAAAGGUCAUACUAAAUCUGGAAGCCAAGAAGGAACCUGAAACAAUGGAAGAGCAUAGGAAAGUAUGUGCUGCAGGAGACACUGCUGUUUCCUCUCUUCCUGUAACUACUGGGAAAUCAGUCAACUUUAGACAAAGUGACAACAUUUCUGCUAAUGAGAAAGAGGUAGAGGCCGAAUUUCUCAGAUUAUCUUUGGGCUUUAAAUGUGACUGGUUUACCUUGGAGAAAAGAGUGAAGCUUGAACAGAGGUCCCGUGACUUGGCAGAAGAAAAUUUGAAGACAGAAAUUACAAAUUGUUUAAAGCUAUUGGAAUCUUUAACACCUCUCUGUGAAGAAGACAAUCAGGCCCAAGAAAUCAUUAAAAAGCUGGAGAAGAGUAUAACAUUCCUCAGUCAAUGCACAGUACGAAUAGCCAGUAGGGCUGAGAUGUUGGGAGCCAUUAAUCAGGAAAGCCGGGUUAGUAAAGCAGUUGAAGUGAUGAUUCAACAUGUAGAAAACUUGAAGAGAAUGUAUGCCAAAGAGCAUGCUGAAUUAGAAGAACUGAAACAGGUUCUUUUGCAGAAUGAAAGAUCUUUUAACUCUCCUGGAGAUGAAGAAGACUGCCAGAUUAAAAAACGUUCAGCGUCUCUGAACUCCAAGCCCUCUUCUCUUCGAAGAGUGACCAUUGCCUCUUUGCCCAGAAAUAUUGGAAAUGCUGGAGUGGUGGCUGGGAUGGAAAAUAAUGACCGACUCAGUAGGAGGUCAAGCAGUUGGCGUAUCUUGGGAUCAAAGCAGAGUGAACACCGUCCGUCAUUACAUAGAUUCAUCAGCACCUACUCUUGGGCAGAUGCUGAAGAAGAAAAAAGGGAAUUAAAAACUAAAGAGGACUCUGAACCACCUGAAGAAGAAAUAGUGGAAAGGACAAGAAAGCCAAGUCUUUCUGAAAAGAGAAAUCCUCCUUCAAAAUGGGAUGUUUCUUCAGUUUAUGACACAGUAACAUCCUGGGCAGCAAAUCUGAAGACUUCCUUUAGAAAUGCUAAUAAGGCACUCUGGGCUUCUGUUGCAUUCAUUGUACUGUUUGCAGCUUUGAUGAGUUUCCUCACAGGCUUAUUCUUCCAAAAGCCUGUCGAUGCAGCUCCUGCACAGAAUGGGGACUCCUGGACGUCACUAGAAUAUGCCCUGUGGCCUUUCACCAGACUCCAGCACAAUGGGCCACCACCGGUUUGA